UGUGUGGCUGGAACAUUAAACACAGUUAAGUGGCUAGUGUCCCAUACCCUCCCAUCCAUCCAACAAAAAAAAAUCUCUUCACAAGCAUUUGCAAUUCUGCAAUGCAACGCUGCCCUAAGAAAAUUCUGCUCCAGCAUCUCUCCAUGCAAUGGGAUUGGUCAGAUGUCGGGAACGAUCGGUCGGCGAGGCCCGAAGAUGAUAGCACAGCCACGCGCAACAACGCCACGCUUUCGCUUCCACCACGCGAAGAGGUGCCGGUGCUUCUAGCGCUGGACCCUGGAUUUUUCUUCGCUCUCGCUCUCGUCCACUCAUGUGUUUUGGAUCUAGAAUUUUUUUUUCUUGGGUGGGAUUGUGGAUUGAUGGGUCGGUAUUUGCGUUCGGGGAUAUUGGAUACGACUAACUAA